ACUACUACUACAAAAACCCUAAAAACCUUCCGGCGAACAAAGGAAACCCGACCAAAAAAAAUGGGGAAGAUUCCGUCGUCGUUUCGCUCUCUAACCUCGACGCAACUGAUCAAGAAACCCCCCGCACCUCCUCCAUCCCCACCGCCGCCGCCUCCUCGUAAUUCCCAAAACAGAAUCUCCCCGAAACCUCCUCCCCAUACCACCACCACCGCCACCACUCCCUCGAGAAGAAACCCUUUCAAAUCCCCAGACCUCUCCUCCGCCAAAUCCCUCUUCAACUCGAUCGCCUCCACCUCGAAACUCCCCCUCGACCUCAAAUUCCACAACUCCGUCCUCCAAUCCUACGCCUCAAUCGCCACCGUCGACGACGCCGUCAACCUCUUCCACCACAUCCUCAAAUCCCACCCCAGCUUCUCCCCGGAGCCCUCCACCUUCAACAUCCUCCUCUCCCACGCCUGCCGAGCCCCGGACUCCCCUCUCUCCAACGUCCACCGCGUCCUCAACCUCAUGGUCAACAGCGGCCUCGCGCCUAACAACGUCACCACCGACAUCGCCGCCCGGUCCCUCUGCGAAUCCGAUCGGAUCGCCGACGCCAAAGAUCUCGUCAUCGAGAUCUCGGAGAAGCACUCUCCUCCCGAUAUGUUCACUUACAACUACCUCCUCAAGCAGCUGUGCAAGUACGAGUCUCUAACUCUAGUCUACGAGUUUAGGGAUAAGAUGAAGGAAUCUUUCAACGUGAAACCGGAUCUCGUUAGCUACACUAUUAUGAUUGAUCAUGUAUGUAACUCAAAGAAUCUCAGGGAGGCGAUGAAGCUGGUUAGCGAUCUAGGUGCUGACGGUUUUAAGCUGGAUUGCUUUGUGUAUAACACUAUUAUGAAAGGUUUUUGUACUUUGAGUAAAGGGAGCGAGGCGGUUGGUGUUUUCAAGAGGAUGAAAGAGGAUGGUGUAGAGCCUGAUCGGAUCACUUACAAUACGUUGAUAUUCGGGCUGUCGAAGUCCGGGAGGAUCGAGGAAGCUAGGAAGUAUCUGGAGACGAUGGAUGAAGCGGGGUACGAGCCUGAUGCCGUGGCUUACACGGCGCUGAUGAAUGGGAUGUGUAGGAAAGGAGCGAGUUUGGGUGCGUUGGGGUUGUUGGAGGAGAUGGAGGCGAGAGGGUGUGCUCCUAACGAUUGUACUUAUAAUACUUUGCUUUAUGGGUUGUGUAAGGCGAGGUUGAUGGAUAAAGGGAUUGAGUUUUAUGAGAUGAUGAGGUCGAAGGGUUUGAAGCUGGAGAGUUAUGCUUAUGCCACGCUUGUGAGGGGUUUGGUUAGAAGUGGGAAGGUCGCUGAGGCUUAUGAGGUUUUUGAUUAUGCUGUUGGUAGCAAAAGUUUGACUGAUGCUUCUGCGUACGCGACGCUUGAGACUACUCUGAAAUGGCUGAAGAAGGCGAAAGAACAAGGGUUAGCUGACUGAAUGGGAAAAGACACUGUUAUCUUGAUCGAACAAGCAGCCAAGUGCAGAGUAUUGUGAAUGUUUCAGUUAAAUUACAACCAAAUCAUUGAGGGGACAAGAAAACAGAGGACAACGUUGGUGGAAAUCGUCAAGAAGAUUUUUCAAAAAAGACAAGUGGUCAACAUUCUUGUAUUAAUCAAUUAUUUGGCGAAUAAACGCUUCUUGUUUAUUUUCUUGUUUUCUGUCAUGUUUGAUUGUAUAGUGUUUCCUUGUUCCUUCAUCUAAACAACAGAACGUUACGGAAAAAUUAUUACAUUCAAGAGAUGUACGUA